AUGUCGAAUAGUUUUAGUCGAAAGUCGGAUUUUAUUCCGGCUGUUUAUACACGUUAUUUUGAACGGACAGAAACUCGAAAAUCUUCUCAUUCGCACAUUUUUUUUGAUGAUAAUAUUGAAGAAACAUCGAAAAAUUAUCAAAUAAAACGAGAUUUAAUAUUUAAACGAUUAUUUCCAUCGAAAUAUGCUGAUUCAAAUAAUAAUAAUUCAACUGAAAAUGAACAUACUAAUCAAAAUGAAAAUAAUACGUCAUUAAACAAAGCAGCUCAAUCUUUAGGUGAUUUCAUUCCUCUUUCAAAUAUUAAUUCUUCAUCAUUAAAAAAAACACCAUCAUUAGAAACAGAUGUCAUACUUUCAAGUUCAGAUGAAAAUGAAGAAGAUUUAUUAUUACAAGAACAAUUACCAUCAAGUACACAUGAUUCAAUCAUUGGACAUCUUCAUCCUCGUUCAACGAUAGAAAAUGUUCGAACUAUAUUAAUACGUGAAUUAUAUCAACGAACAAGUGAUGCACAUACAGAAUGGCUUAAAUGUAAAAUGAAUCUACCUAAAGAAUAUGUUAAUCCAAAAUAUUAUGCUGAUUUUCAACGACGUUAUAGAAAAGAGAUUAAAAAAAAUACAUCGAAAAAGAAAAAAUCUAAUUCAACCCAUAAUAAUACAGAAAAUGGUUAUCAUAUUUUUGAUUUGACUACGAAUGAUGAAUCAAAAACUCAAAUUAAUAAUAUUUCCGAAAGUGAUGACAUCAUUGAAACUUCAUCGACCAAACCAGUAAAUACUACUUCAUCUUCUUCACCUAUUCUUAUAAAUGAUUCACCUAUUCAAUCCAAAUCUAUACCAGAAUUUAUUAUUCUCGAUUCUGAUGAAGAUAAUAAUGAUAAUACCAAUGAUAAUCUCAGUCAAGAUAAUAAUAAUUCAACAUAUUUCAUCGAUCGAUCAUCAACUUCAUUCACAGCAAUCUUACAACCAACAGAAACAUUUAAUGAAGAUUAUCAUAAAGAAGAUUCGAAAUAUGCACAAUUACCUUCACGUAAUACAUCAUCUGAAUCAAUUAUUCGUCCUAUUAUAAGUAAACAUCAACGACGUAAACAGAAUACUUCAACAAAACCACUUGUUUCAGCAAUCGAUCGAAUAAUUGAUCAAAUAGAUCAAACAAAUCCAUUGGAAAAUUCAACAGUAAUCGAGCAACAAAAUCUUCUUAUGAAACAAAUUAAAAAACGAAAGAAGAAAAAGAAAAAGAAACUUAAUAAUGCAACUAUUAAUUAA